CAAUUGAAACGAUCGAAAUAUUUUGAUUUGUAAUCAUUCUAAUCGUACAUUUUCAAAAUCAACAUCCACGGCAUCUACAUCGACGAUAUCAACCUCAAGAGAAUUGCAUAAAAAAAUACUAACGUUUAUUUAAGAAUUUCCUAUUCUGGUGAAUAUUCGUACAGAAAAUAUUUGAGGUCGGUCAUUUACUAGUUCCGAAAACAAGCAACUAAAUACAAAUUGAAGAUGGCUUCAAAAAUCGACUACAAGAAAAAACUAAUGGAGUAUAGAAAAUCGAUUGGAACCAGCACUACUAAAACGGUGGCAUUUAGAGAGCAAAGUUCACAACCAGAUGAAGAUCACCAAUUUCACUAUACACAUCAACUGUUGCUGCCAACGCAGCGACAUCACCAACAACAGUUAGCAUCUCCUGAUAUAGAGUCUGUUGAUGAAAUUAGAAGAAGUGCUCCAAGAGAAUCAGCUAGUUUUAAAACGCCAUCGCCACAGCCGCAGUCAGAUAUAUUGCCAACACCUGGAUAUGUAAGAGAAAGCAGUUUUCUGUUUGAUCCCAUCGGCCGGUACACUAAUUGGAAUAGUCAUCAUGCCUUAUUGGCCUCACAGCCCUGGUGUUGUAUUGGAGAUUUAAUGGAUUUUUGUGAUAAAUAUGAAUUCAAGGCCAUCAGUGUGUCCGAUGUACAAUCACAUGCCAAUAUCGUUAGAGAAGUUCGUGCUCUACUUAGUGGGAAGGCACCAUUCGAUAUGCGUCGACGUUUUCCAGGCAACAUUCGCAACGAAAAAAAUCUAUUGGUGUGUAUCGGUCGUUGUCCCAGUGUCGAAUAUCACUUGGAGAGAAUACUGACCGCAUUUCGACGGCCAUUGAAUAAACUUUCUACGGAGAAACAAAAUAUUGCCAAACAAAAUUUCCACUUAGCCAUACGGGAGUUACACCUAGAUAUAUUGGCGCGUAUAUCCGAAAUUCGCCUGUACGAUCGAAUGGUAUUUGAAAAGGAAUUCCAUUUAAAGUGGCAAGACACUUUGGAAUAAAUAAUAUAAUUUUUUAACUCUGCCCAAUAAGCAUUUUUACUGGAAUUCAAGUUGAAAGCAAGUGUAAUUCAAGCCUUGAAUUAUAGUCAAGCAAUUGAAUUACAGUUGUAUUACACUUUAUUUCAAUAGCAUUCUCCAGUAAAAACGGAAACAUAAAAUCAAGCCACAUGUUUUUUGUUUGAAAAAUAAAUAAAUUUUCAAAUAUUUUUCAUGUUUAAAGUAUAAUUACAUUUGCAUUCAAGUCGAAUUCCAACAAAAUGUUCAAGUGCUUGAAUUUUUGGGGCUUUGGUGCUUACUGGGUGAAAACUAAAUUUAUUUACAUACAUACAUAUAUU